AUGGCAAAGGGUCAGAAGACAUCACCGUACUUCAAAAGGAAACGCCCUGACAUAGCAUCAUGCAUCCCAUUCCCUCCGACGUCCGCCGUCUUAUUUGGACUAAUUCAGGAGAAGCUUGCCCAUGAACCAUUUCGACUUCUCAUUGCUACCAUAUUUUUGAAUCGAACCAGGGGAGAAGUGGCAGUACCAGUGAUAUGCAGUGUUUUUGAACAUUAUCCUACCAUUGAAUCUUUGGCUAAUGCCAACUUCGACGAACUGGUCCUAUUGAUUCAACGACUAGGGCUUCAAAAUUCUCGAGCUAGAAAAUGCAUUGCUCUCGCUAAAGCGUGGAUAGCAAAUGCUCCUGAGUGCGGGAAGCGGUACAGAAAACUUCAUUACCCUAAUAAAUCUGAUGGCUUGGACAUUGAGUGUGGCGAGACUGUGACUGACGAUGAUCCCCGUGUUGCCUGGGAGGUUGGUCACUUACCGGGUAUCGGACCUUACGCUAUAGACAGUUGGAGGAUAUUCUGUCGAGAUAGAUUGCGUGGUUUAGCCACCGACUGGAACGGCGCAGAUGCGUUUGAAGGAUUCUCACCCGAAUGGAAAUCAGUACUCCCUAAAGAUAAAGAACUCUGCGCAUAUUUGGCUUGGAUGUGGCUCAAGGAUGGCUGGAUCUGGGACCCUCAAACAGGAACAAAGGUUGCCGCUAGUAGGCGGAUACUUUGGGCAGUUAAAAACGGUGGAUUAGUCCUACAGAAAUCUAGCGGGAAAUGGAUUUUGGAUCUCACUGCAGUUAAGGAGACGUCCCUAUCUAUCGACGUUGAAAUAGGAAAGUUUGUCAAUGCCAUUUAG